CUCCACCUGGACAACAACGAGAUCUCGGGGACCGUCCCUCCGACGACGGGCGAGCUCUCGGAGCUGCAGGAGCUUCGGCUGGACAACAACGAUCUCUCGGGCACCAUCCCUCCGCAGCUGGGCGGCAUCUCGUGGUUGAACCAGCUUUGGUUGUACAGCAACAAGAUCUCGGGCACCGUGCCGUCGCAGCUCAACAACCUGCCG